AUGAGAGAAUACGAAAAUCAAACUGAGAUAUCCGAGACAGAAAAUGAAACUUGUAGGCGACGUUGCAGUCACUAUUCUAUCAAAUCUUCAACUGGUUUAUUCGCAGUACUAUUAUUAGCAGUCUCUGUUGUGCUAGAAGGUCAAUUUGUACGCGAUCUAACAUCAGGAAAUUUUACUGCUAUUGCAUUCGCAACUUGGUAUUCGAGAUCAUGGACAAUCAUAUGUUAUCCGAUCUACUGUCCGAUUGGCAUGUUAUUUGGGAAAUCAUUAAAAGAUAUGUGGAAGGAAGAUUCAGUUGUUUUACAGUAUCAGGGUCAAUACUUAAAAGGGUUCAUUUUCAAGAUAAUUCCAGUAACAAUUUUUUUGACUGGCACUUAUGGCUUUUUCUUCUACGCUGUCAAAAUGGUUUCGCUGACUGACUACGUAACUAUUUUAAGUGUAAAUAUCGCACUGAUCUAUAUUCUAUCGGUAUCCUGGCUACGAGAACCUGUGAUACUAAUACGGACUAUGGCUAUUUUUAUAGCAAUUGGGGGCGUACUAUUUUAUGCUGGUUCAUAUAAGCAGAAUGGUUCCAACGAGUUAGGAAUUGUCAUCACGUUGAUAUCAGCACUAAUGUCGGCCUUGUACAGGGUGUAUCUGAAAAAAGUACUCCCUGACGCUAGUAUAAGCAAGACAUUACUAUUACUCACCGCUGUUAGUUUGACAGUUAUGCUAUCUGGGUGGAUAUUUGUACUAAUUUUUACAGCUACUGAAUUUGAAUCAAUAAACUGGGAUUUAAUGCCUUGGGAUACACUUAACCUGACCUCUGCUUUAAGCGUUGCUAUUAUUGGUCUGACAUUCUUAGGAACAGCAAUUAGUUAUCCGAUAUAUGUGGCAAUUGGCUUACUCCUUGGAAUACCUGGUAAUGCAAUUGUGGAUAAUGCAAUCCAUCAGAUUGCAUUUGACAACCUAAAAAUUGUUGGAGCAAUUCUCAUCAGCUUUAGUUUCUUAAUUCUAUUAAUUCCUGAAGAUAAAGCAAUUAAUUUUUCCAAGCGAAUUACGACUUCAUUUACGAAAUUGAUGCUUAAGUGCGGUCAAAAUGAUGUCUUGAUAGAUUCAACUUCCCAUAGCUACAAUAACAUCGUUUCUUCUUCAUCCAGUUACUUUUUCGUAGAUUCAAAAUACAAUUCCGGCAUAGCUGAGGCUUCAAUAUAA